AUGGCGGCCACAGACCCCCGCAUCGCCAUCCUCCCCAGCCCCGGCAUGGGCCACCUCAUCCCCCUCGUCCAAUUCGCCGGUGACCUCCACCGCCGCCACCGCGUCUUCACCACCCUCAUCGUCCCCACCGACGGCCCCCUCUCCGCCGCCCAGUCCGCCUUCCUCUCCGCCCUCCCUCCAGGCGUCGACCGCAUCCUCCUCCCGCCGGUCAGCUUCGACGACCUCCCGCCGGACGUCAAAAUCGAGACCCGCAUCUCCCUCACGGUCACCCGCUCCCUGCCCUCGAUCAGCUCCGCCCUCAAAAGCCUCAUCGACGGCGGCAACAAGCCGUCGGCGCUCGUCGUCGACCUUUUUGGCACCGACGGGUUCGAGGCUGCCGCCCAAUUCGACAUCCCGCCGUACAUCUUCUUCCCGUCCACGGCCAUGGUGCUUUCCCUGUUCUUGCAUCUGCCGAGGCUGGACGAAACGGUGUCGUCCGAGUACUGGGAGGUGGCCGAGAAACUUCAGAUCCCGGGUUGCAUCCCGAUUCACGGCAGGGAUUUGCUGGACCCGGUCCAGGACAGGAAAAACGAUGCCUACAAAUGGGCUCUCCACAACGCCAAGAGGUACCGCCUGGCCCACGGGAUCAUUCUCAACAGCUUCAAGGAGCUUGAGCCCGGCCCGAUUGAGUAUUUCCAGGGAAAAGAGUCGAGAGAAAACGGAAACCCGAGUGUUUACCCAAUUGGGCCUUUGGUUCAAACCGGGUCACCGAAACCCGAUUCGGAUGGGGGCUGUAUGGAGUGGUUGGAAGAGCAGCCGAGGGGGUCGGUCCUGUUCAUCUCGUUCGGCAGCGGUGGGUCCCUCUCCCAGGAGCAAAUAACCGAGCUUGCCCUGGGGCUGGAGCUGAGUGAGCAGAGGUUCUUGUGGGUUCUGAGGCGCCCAAGCGGGUCUGACGCCAACCGCGACUACUUCAGCAUCAAGGACGCUGGCGACCCCUUGGCCUACCUGCCGGAGGGUUUUGUCGAGCGGACUAAAGGCCGGGGACUGGUCGUCCCCCUGUGGGCCCCGCAGGCAAAGAUCCUGGCUCAUGGGUCGGGCUUGAUCGAGCAAGGAGGCUCCCGUGGAGAACCCGACGUGUCGUCCGCCGGUCAUACCCUCCACUGCAUCUUCUGCAACGUCACGACGAUGGUUAUACGACAUCGCGCCACUGUGUUCGACGUCCCCGGGCGCCAAGAAGUAGAAGUCAUGAUCGAACAGACGGUCAGGGUGGUGGCAGCAUCUCUGAGAGCACCGGGAUUAAUACCAUGA